GGGAAUUAGGUGAUGCUGAGGUGGGGGGGUUGGAGGUGCUGGUGGUUCCCCAGCCCCAGCAUGUGAAUCCCAUCACUCCAUCUUCUCCCCACCAUCAUUUUCUCCUCCACCGGGGCAGCUGGAGCCCCGCCUGGAGGAGCUGAGCUCCAGCUGCCCUCGCUUGCCCCGGCAAUGAUUGACUAGCCCGGGGGGGGCCGCUCCCAGCCUCCGCCCCGCGGACCUUGGAGCCGGGGCCUGGUCACGCCGUGGUUCCUCUCCACGGGAAAUGUUUUCUCUGGGGUCCUGGUUGCCACCGUUGCCCGGGCUGGCGUGGGGCUGGGCACUGCUGGAUGCGCUCCUGCAAGGGUUGGUGGGUGCCUGUGCUGUCUCGGUGCUCUGCAGCCUCCUGAAGGUUUAUCUCUACACCCAGUGCCUGAAUGACCCGGAGAGGCAGGCGGAGGCGGGGGCCCUGCGGGCGCAGUGGCAGGGGCUGGAGCUGCUGCGGGUGGUCGUGCUGACGGGGGUCUUGGCCAUGGUGGGACCCCGGGUGGCCGCGCUGGUGGUGCUGGAGUUCUCCCUGCGCGCUGUCUCCACCCUCCUCUCCCUCGGCAAGGGCUCCCACAGCAGCCAGCUCUACCUGCUGUGCCAGUACUCGCUGGGCUGCGGGCUGUCCUGCAGCCUCAGCUUCCUGCUGGAAGGGGCUCCCCACAGCACCAGCAACCUGGGGCUGGCGGCGGGGCUGGCGGGGCUACUGGCCACCUACUCCCGCCGCCUGGCCGGCCACGUCUGCACCCUGUACGAGCUGCACAGCCGAGCGCGGUACUGCGGGCUGUGCCUGCUGCUGCUGGCCUCGGGGCACGGGCUGCCCCGCCUGCUGCGCACCGCGCUGGCUCUCACCUUCGCCGUGGCCGGGCUGGCCGCCGUGGCCCUGAUCAACCGGGACUUCCUCUCCACGGCCGAGGCCGUGCGGUUCUGGACCCCGCUCACCAUCUGCUACACGCUGCUGGUCGUCUACAUGCAGGAGGGGCCGCGGCAGAGUGUUUACCAGACGGUGCUGGUGAGGAUGGGCGGCCUCUUCAUCCUCCUCCUCACCGUGGGCCGCUGGGCUGACGUCCUGCACAUCCUGCUCUCGCUGCUGGGCGAGUUCUGGUGCCUCCUUCACACCAGAGUGAUGCUGGAGUCGUGCCGGCGGCAGGAUUUUGCCCAGCAGUCGGGGCUGGAGAGGCGGUUGGGAUCGGAAUCGCCGUCGUCGGAGGCAUCGUGAUAAGCUGCGGGGUGUGACCGGGCAUCAGGAACUCAGGGUGACUUCACCUGGCUCCCCGAAACCUGGGAACCCCCUAAAACCUCCCCGUCGCAGAUCCCCCAUGGGGAUGAAGGAAAAAGGACUCCUGGAAGGUGCUGGACACCAUCCCAUGGAAUGGGGGAGAUUAGGAGGAUGCUCACAUAGCCCCUAGUUUUUGGGGAGGCCCCGCGAUACUGUGGUGGUGCUGGGGGUUUGCUCCCUGGUCCUGUUGGGGACAUGGAAUGCUGGUGGAUGUGCCUGUCCUCAGUGGCUGUGGGGUCACAUUGUCACAGUGCUGGGGCCACCAAGGGCUUGUAAAUCUUGGAAAAUAAAGCUUUUUCCAGUAAAAUCCA